CUCUGUGUGGAAGCCGGAGGGAGGGACGCAGGUGAAGUUAUUAACUUCGGGACCGUGCUUUUUCCUUCUCUGUGUGCUGAAGAGCUCUUGUUCUGUCUUCUGGUGGCGCGAGUAAAGACUGGAUUCAUGGCUGCCUGCCACUGGAUUCUUUUUGUGUGUCUCACACUGAAUUUCUGCCAGAGGGCUGUGGCUCUGGAGCGAAAUGGCUGCAGCAGUUCUCCAGAGGAAACGUGUGAUUUUGUUUGUGACUGCCAAGAUUGUAGUGACGAGCAAGGCUGUGGUUAUCAGGGACGGGACUUUGUGUGUGAUUUUGAGCACGAGGGGCAAUGUGGAUGGACUUUACUGUCAGAUGAAGGUGGGUACAUGUGGCAAAGACGGCAGAGAGGGAACACACUCCCUGACAGCGGACCGUCUUCUGACUACACCACUGGCACUUCCACAGGUUGGUUCAUGGCAGUGACGGCUGUGACGACUUCAGAUACUCCCAGAACCACUGUGCUUGUGUCCCCUGCGAUAAAACAUUCCUCUCCUACCUGUCGCCUUCGGCUCAGAUACUUCAUCUGGGACGCAGGUCACAAGGGGUUGGGUGACACCCCACUUUGGGGAUCUGUGUGGCAAGCUGAUGGUGAGAAAGCAGUGGUGUGGAGGCCAGAGAACACCAGCAUCCGCAGCUGGAGGGAGGGCAUCAUCUACCUGGGCCGUUUCUCAGGCCCUUUCCAUAUCCAGCUUCAUUCCACACGCAGUGAAGGGAUGCAGGGAGACGUGUCCAUUGAUCAGAUGGAAUUCCUAGAUUGUGCCCUGCCAGCUCCCCCUGAAAGUGGAACAUGCGGUCCUGGAUUUGUGACAUGUAAGCGGGACGGAUGUGUGGAGGACUAUAAAGCGUGUGACGGCACGGAUGACUGUGGCGAUGGAACAGAUGAAGAGAACUGUGUAUAUAGAGAAAACUUUAGCUGUGACUUUGAAGAUGGCCCUUGUGAAUGGGACCUGCAAACGAUAUCAUCCUUGAAAUGGAAAUGGACCAAUCAGAUGAAUAUAUCACUUUCUGAGCCUCUAAAAGGACCUGGAAGAGACCACACAACUAACACAGAGGCAGGACAUUUCUUGUAUGUGACCAAACCCGAUGUCAUGAAGAGUGAUUGGACGUCUUUUCAAAGCCCUCCUCUGGCACCAACCAAUGAGACACAUCCAUGUCGGAUGGUAAUGUACACUCAUCAGUUCGGCCGUGUUUCAGGCGGACUGUCUGUGUUGGUAGCCGGGAAUCAGAUCUAUCCUGUAUGGGAACGUGGGGGUGCUCUUGGGGACUUGUGGGUAAAGGCAGAGGUAGAGUUUGUCGUCAACAGCACUUUCCAGAUUCUGUUUGUUGCUGCUAUUCGAGACCAGGCUUACGGAGGGAUCGCUAUCGAUGAUAUUGUGUUGUCCCCUGAGUGCCGCUUAUCCACUGAAUCAAUGCCACGUCCAGAUUUUCCUCCCUCUCCCGCUCACCCUUGCACAGACGAUGACCUGAAGAUGUGUGACUUUAUGGAGGACUGUCCUGCUGGAGAAGAUGAGUCUCAGUGUGGGGACUUCUCGUAUGAGAUGGGAAGCUCUGGCUGGACAGAUGCCAGUAUUGGGAGCCAAGCUUGGGAGCUAAAACUGGAAUAUAACGAGACCAUUAAAGAGGAGUUCCUGACUUUGACUGGUGCUCCUGGACAGCAGCGAAGUGAAGCCCAAACUCUUACCCCUCUCUUGGGUCCGUCUGGUCCAGCAUGCACCCUUCAGUUCUCCUACAGUCUCAGCGGCAGUAACCCACACAUAGGUUAUCUUGCAGUGUAUGUGGUAGACGGUGUGUUGGGGACUCAUCCUGUGCUGUGGGAGUUUUCUGGACGGACCAAUCAGACGGCAGAGACUUGGGUAAAGGAGGAAGUCUAUGUUGGAGCCAGAGAUCAUCGCUUUCAGUUAGAGUUCAGGGCCCGUGCUGAAGAGCUCUCCUCAAGUAGCCAGAUUGCAGUGAAGGAUGUGCACUUUGUUAAAUGUUUUGCUCUGUAUGAGCCCUCUGGUGAAAUAUCAUGUAAUUUUGAGGUAAAUUUGUGCGGAUGGUACCAGGACCAAACAGAUAAUUAUGACUGGAGGCUUCAUAGUGGAAUGGACCACACUGUUCAUGAUGGUAGGAGUCUGGUGGUGGAUAUGUGGGACACUUCACUGCGAGGUCUCUCUGGACGUCUCCUCUCAGUCGGAACGUAUAGUUACACAGAGCACUGUCUGUCCUUCUUCUACAAACUCUAUGGGCCAAACACAGGCGCUUUCAGUGUAAAACAGCUUUUAGCUGACAACUCAGAAGAGCUUUUGUGGACGCGGAGCGGUGCCCAUGGUAACGUUUGGCAUGAGGGCCAUUGCUCCGUGCCUCCUCAGCUCAUCGGUUUCCAGCUGGUGUUUGAGGCCACUCGCUCUGGAUUUGAUGGUCAGCUGGCUUUAGAUGAUGUGGCGUUUGUGCGAAGACCAUGUUCUUUGCCUACCGUGUGCUCGUUUGAGAGUCAGACUUGCGGUUACACCAGUUCGGGAAGAGCCAGGUGGGUACACCAGAGUUGGGCCUCAGCAAACACCGGACCCAAGACGGACCACAGCUUGGAGACAGAAAAUGGCUUCUACAUGCUGGCCCACAGCGGUGUUGAUGUCCUUCCCGAGGGCAGUGUGACCACGUUGACCUCCCCGGUGCGUAGAGGUUUGUCUCACACUGAAUGUGUACACUUCUGGUACCAUACAGGAGGAAAAAAACCAGGCACGCUGAAUAUGUAUGUGAAGCCAACUGAUGGAAGCAGGAUUCAGUUAUUCUCCAGCAGCAUCAGGCAGGGACAUGCUUGGCGUCACGGCCAGGGGAAUGUUAGUUGGCAUGGGGAUUGGCAGCUGGAGUUUGAGGUGAAGGGCGAAGGAGACCUGUUCAGUUUUAUUGCCAUUGAUGACAUCACCUACUCAACCCACAGCUGCCCCACAACUGAUCGCGUCUGUGAUUUUGAGAAAGGUCUGUGUGGUUGGUCCAACACUCAGAACCCAUCUGUAGACAUGUUAGACUGGGACCUGACCAGUGUGCAGGCUGAGAUGUUCUACAGCGCACCACCAUAUGACCACACACUAUUCACAGAAGAAGGACACUUCUUGUUCCUUCCUAACUCCCAACGUGACACCGCUAACCAGAACGCCUGGCUGUUAAGCCCUCACCUGGCACCAACCAAAGGAACCUGCCUGAGCUUCUGGGUUUAUCAGGCAACUAUGUAUGACACUAAACUCACAGUGUGGAAGCUGUCUAACUCUGAAGGGACCAGACAAGAAUUGCUGACGCUGCAUGAGGGAGGUGUAAACUGGAAACGCUUCAGUGUCAAUAUCACAUCAGACACCGAGUACCAGAUUGUACUAGAGGGAUUUAAAGGAGAGAAGGGUGUUCUUGCUUUGGAUGACAUACAGUACACAGUCGGGGUGAACUGUGCUGGGCAGAAGACAGACCAAACCUCAUCUGACAACACGGGAACCAUUGUGGCCUCUGUUGUAGUCGUCAUUGUGCUCUUAGUGCUGCUCGCUGUCUUGCUGGUGUUCUACCUGAAGACUAAGCAUAAAGCAGAUGCUUUAAUACAGGAAUCAAACGUAUCUCGUAUAAGCUGCGUUGGCUUUGGCAAUGACAUGUAUGAAUCUGAACCUACGGAGGGGUGAAUGCAAAUACAGGACCGUAGGAGGUUGCAGUGCUGACUUUGCCACCAACUAGCACACUUUCAACAAAAAUGGUGGACAUCACAGCAGAAGAACUGCUUGUGUCACUGUGGCAGGACCAACCCAGUCAUAAAGCAUUCAAAAACAUACCACACAAUAUAGAGUUAUCUUUACUAAGAGUGUAAUAUUGGAGUCAAAUAACUAAUUUUACUUAACCGAUGAUACAGUCCUUGGCUGUUCUAAAUGCCAUUACAAAAUAUCAAUGAACAUCUUCAAACAAGUAGACCAAUCCAAUAUAAUGUAAUUUAAUAUAUGAUAUACAAUAAACAGAACAACCAGGUAAACAUAAAGCAAACAUUCAACAAGCCCUGUAGUGUUAGAUGCCCAUGAUGAGUAUUGUUGGAGGUGGGUUUGGGUUCACCGUGGAUAUCACUAAGAGAGAUCUAACUAGUGGAUCGCUUUUAACUUGCAUGGAUUCUCUCUAUUAAACAGAGGUUACAGAACAAUGAACUAAAUUUUCAAGGGUAAAAUGCAUAGUUUUUGUUAUGAAAAGUGAAGUGACCAUAACCAUAUGAGGUCUUAAGUGUUGUUCCACAAAUUAAAACUUUGUAUUGUGUUCUCAUUAUGCAUAUGAAAGCCUAACAUUAAAUGAAUUUAUUUAAACAGU